AUGGGGGAACUAUUCAGGAGUGAGGAGAUGACCCUCGCUCAGCUGUUUCUCCAGUCAGAGGCAGCCUACUGCUGUGUCAGCGAGCUGGGAGAACUGGGCAUGGUCCAGUUUAGAGAUCUGAAUCCAGAUGUAAAUGUGUUCCAACGCAAGUUUGUGAAUGAAGUGAGGAGAUGUGAGGAGAUGGACAGGAAACUGAGGUUUGUGGAGAAGGAAAUCAAGAAAGCCAGCAUCCCAACUGUGGACACUGGAGAAAAUCCAGAGGUGCCAUUUCCGAGGGACAUGAUCGAUCUAGAGGCUACCUUUGAGAAGCUGGAAAAUGAAUUGAAGGAGAUCAACACCAACCAGGAAGCCCUGAAGAAGAACUUCCUGGAGCUGACAGAGCUCAAACACAUCCUCCGUCGAACACAGCAGUUCUUUGAUGAGAUGGAGGAUCCCAAUUUGCUGGAAGAGUCAUCAGCCCUGAUGGAAGGCAAUGAGGGGGGCCGCGGGGCCCCGCUCAGAUUGGGGUUUGUGGCUGGUGUGAUCAGCAGGGAGAGGAUUCCCACCUUUGAGAGGAUGCUGUGGAGGGUGUGUCGCGGUAACGUCUUCUUAAGGAAGGCUGAGAUCGAGGACCCACUGGAGGACCCGGCCACGGGAGACCAAGUCCACAAAUCCGUCUUCAUCAUCUUCUUCCAAGGUGACCAGCUGAAGAACAGGGUGAAGAAGAUCUGUGAGGGGUUCCGUGCCUCUCUCUACCCCUGCCCAGAAACCCCACAGGAGAGGAAGGAGAUGCUGGCAGGAGUCAACAGCCGCAUUGACGACCUCCAGAUGGUGCUGAACCAAACAGAGGACCACCGUCAGCGAGUUCUGCAGGCCGCCUCUAAGACCAUGCGGGUGUGGUUCAUCAAGGUGAGGAAGAUGAAGGCCAUCUACCACACGCUCAACCUUUGCAACAUUGACGUGACCCAGAAAUGUCUGAUCGCUGAGGUGUGGUGUCCCGUAUCAGACCUGGACUCCAUCCAGUUCGCUCUGCGCAGAGGGACGGAGAGGAGUGGCUCUACGGUGCCGUCCAUCCUCAACAGGAUGCAGACCAAGCAGACUCCACCCACCUUCAACAAGACCAACAAGUUCACAUCAGGUUUCCAGAACAUCGUUGAUGCUUACGGCAUUGGGAACUAUCGGGAAAUCAAUCCAGCUCCAUACACCAUCAUCACCUUCCCCUUCCUGUUUGCGGUGAUGUUUGGUGACAUGGGUCAUGGCGUGCUGAUGACCAGUGCUGCCCUCUACCUGGUCAUCCGAGAGAGUCGGCUGCUUUCCCAGAAGAGUGACAACGAGAUGUUCAACAUGGUGUUUGCUGGUCGUUACAUCAUCCUGCUGAUGGGGCUCUUCUCCAUCUACACUGGCAUCAUUUAUAACGACUGCUUCUCCAAAUCACUAAACAUGUUUGGCUCUGGAUGGAGUGUCAGGCCGAUGUUUGGCCCAAAAGGAGCCAACUGGACGGCUGAGACUCUUGAUGGAAAUGCAGUAUUACAGUUAGACCCAGCCAUUCCUGGUGUGUUCAAUGGGCCUUAUCCUCUGGGAAUUGACCCGAUCUGGAACGUUGCCGCCAACAAGCUGACCUUCCUCAACUCAUUCAAGAUGAAGAUGUCUGUCAUCCUGGGUGUCAUCCACAUGCUGUUUGGAGUGUCUCUCAGUCUCUUCAACCACCUGUACUUCAAGAAGCCACUGAACAUCUUCCUGGGCUUCAUCCCAGAGAUCGUCUUUAUGGCCAGCCUGUUUGGCUACCUCAUCUUGCUGAUCUUCUACAAGUGGACAGCCUAUGACGCCUUUGACUCCAAGGAUGCUCCCAGCCUGCUUAUCCACUUUAUCAAUAUGUGUCUCUUCAACUACAAUGAUCCAACCAACAAGCCCCUCUACCCGGGACAGAUGGGGAUCCAGGUUUUGUUGGUGCUGAUUGCCCUUGCAUGUGUACCCUGUAUGCUGAUUGUGAAAACUAUGGUGCUUCGGCGUCAGCACCUGUGGAAAAAGCACCUGUCCCAGAAGAGGGAAGAAACCCCAGCAGAGAAUCUAGAGCAGUCUUUAGAGCAAACAGGCGUGUCCUCAUCAUGCACCGGACUCACCCAACAGGGCACGCAGAAGUUCGGAGGGGUGCGGGUGGGCAACGGGCCCACGGAGGACGAGGCUGGCAUCAUGGACCACGACCAGCUCUCCCAGCACUCAGAGGAAGGAGAUGAGCACUCAGAGGAAGAGCCGUUUGACUUUGGUGACGUAGCUGUCCACCAGGCCAUCCACACCAUAGAGUACUGUCUGGGAUGCAUCUCUAACACUGCCUCCUACCUGCGCCUCUGGGCACUCAGCCUGGCUCAUGCACAGCUGUCAGAGGUGCUGUGGUCCAUGGUGAUGCACCUGGGUCUGUCCUCUCGUAGCGGAGGCGGGUUCUUCGGAUUGGCGAUCAUCUUCGCGGCCUUCGCCACUCUCACAGUCGCUAUCCUGCUCAUCAUGGAGGGGCUGUCGGCCUUCCUGCAUGCCCUGCGUCUGCACUGGGUGGAGUUCCAGAAUAAGUUCUACUGCGGCCAGGGCUUCAAGUUUGUCCCCUUCUCAUUUGAGAGCAUCCUAGAUGGACGAUUUGACGAGUGA